GGGAAGUACAGCGCAGCGGCGGAGGCGUACACGGAGGCGAUUACGCUCGAGCCGUCAGAUGCUGCUCUUUAUCAGAAUCGGGCUCUAUGCUAUCAGAAGCUUUGCAAAUGGAACCAGGUGCUGGACGACGCACGAAAGGCUCUCGAGCUAUCGAAAAAGUCAGUCAAAGCUCAGUACCUGCUGGCCACAGCCUUCAUGAAUCUCAACCAGGCAAGACAAGAUGAGAGGGGGGAGGGAGGGAAGAGAGAGAAGGGAGGAAGGGAAGAAAUGAGGCAAGGCAGGCUGGUCUACAAUGUAGCGCAGGUUGUGAAAAUGGAGGAAAGAGCGAAGAGGAUUGAAGAGGGUCGAUGGGAGGGAAGGAGGGAGCGUGAUGAGCAAGAAGAGUUUUCGAUACCUGAUGCGGCAUGCAGCUGGAGGAAGCAGAGAAAGCAUUUCAAGAUGCCCUUGUACUUGCUGCACUCCCGGAGUUUUCAGGUUGCUUGCGCAGUAAUGGGAGAUUGCUCUGACAUUGAAUUUGAGAGGAGGAGGGCGCAGCUCAACGAAAUCUACGAGCGGGUCUCGGAGAAGCGUCAGGAGUCAACGAUCCCAGAGUCCCUUUGCUGCCAGAUAACGUUCGACCUCAUGAGGGACCCGGUCCUCACCCCUGCCGGGCAGACCUACGAGAGCGCAGCUCUUGAGCAGCACCUGAAGCACAAUGGCCACUGGGAUCCGGUGACGAGGCAGCCGAUCAAUCCCUCUCAGGUGGUGAAGAACCUUGCCGUGAAG